AGUCUUAUUAAAUGUCUCAAAUGGCGGAUUUACUUAUUGAUUUAUUGUCUACUAUAUUGGAUAAUAGUUACGUCAAUGCGACAACAGGGGUGUUAAAUUCAUGUCCAGGAGGCUCUGCUAACAGGUUUUCUAUGCUAACUACGAACAUAUUUCAUUUAUAAACAAUGAAUCCUACUUAGCGAAAAUGCACUCAUUACGACAAGGCCUUCGGCUAACUAGCAAUUGAGAUACUAGUAUUCUAAUAAUCAUAUACAGCUGUAUAUGACGUUUUACGUUCAGAUUUCGAACCGGGAACGAAGCGUCAACUUUGACGAAACACUUAAAACAGUUCGACGCAAAUGCGCGGGAUUCAGUGAAGCUAUUGUGAUAGCAACCGAACAUGUCUGUUGAAUUUUACUUUGACGAUCACAACAAACAAACGGUACAGGAUGUUUUACUUUGAAGAUGACGAACCGGAAGUGAAGCUUCCUGUAGCUGGCUUGAAGAGCGCUGCGGUAACAAGGUGCAGCUGCGACACUUUUUUGGAGCGGAUAGCGGAAAUGGCCCCGGUGCUGGCGGAGUGAGACAUGGGCUCGACGCCUCGGACGUCAUGGCCCGAUCCACCAACAGACGCGACCAAGACGGACAAUCCCGGGUGAGCGCCGCCAACGACGGCGGAGACGGCCGGGACUUGGCGGAGCCUCGGGAACUGUCUCUGGAGGAGGUGCUGAAGUCUUACGAGCAGCCCAUCAACGAGGAGCAGGCGUGGGCGGCGUGCUACCAGUGCUGUAGCCGGCUGAGGAACACCCACCCGCCGGCCAACGCUUGGGUCAGGGACCCGUCCGCCAUACUCCUCCACAGGGACGGCACCGUGUCUCUAGCCCGGCCGACACCGGACGAAGAUGAAGCUGACUGGCUUCCAAUUCCAUCGCAUACAGAGCGGCAGCUGGUCCAGUCGCUUGGUGUCGCCAUCUAUCGCGCCCUGGACUGGGGCCUGGACGACAGUGAGGAGCGGGAGUUGAGUCCCCAGCUGGAACGUCUCAUAGAAUGCAUGGCGGGAGGAGGCGGCGUCGGGAACGAGGUGGACAGCAUCCCGGGAAGUACGACGUAUGAUGAGGGUUACAGCGGCCAGGAAGAGGAAGAUGAAGAUGAGGGAGGGAUCAGGCUGGUGUCGACCUUUCGCCAAGUGAUGGCGAUGUGCGCUUCUCGGUUGGCCGACCCCAGCUUGGCGCCGGACCACUACCAGGCGGUUUGCAGGGCUCUGUUUGUGGAGACCCUGGAACUGCAGACGUUCCUCAUCAAGAUCAGAGACGCCAAAGAGAUGCUGAAGAAGAUCACAAGGGAGGAAUCCGUGCAAGAAAGGACCGCGACGGAGCUCGACAGCCUGAAACACAGAGACUGGGCCCGUCUGUGGGUGCAGCUGAUGAAGGAGCUCAGGCAGGGAGUGAAGCUGAAGAAGGUUCAGGAGCAGCCGUUCAACUCGCUGCCCACCGAGUUCAGCCUGACCCCCUUUGAGAUGCUGAUGCAGGACAUACGAGCACGCAAGUUCCAGCUACGCAAAGUCAUGUUGGAUGGUGACAUUCCGACUCGAGUUAAGAGAAACGCUCAUGAACUCAUACUGGAUUUCAUCAGAUCAAGACCCCCAUUAAGACCAGUAGCGGAACGCAGUCUACCCCCCGCCCCCCCACAGCAACAGUCCCUCCACGAACAAGUCCUGGCUGAGAUCAAGCAGGAGAGAAAGCUGAGGCCUGUCGAUCUUCCCAGGUCUCGACCAUUUGGUUCCAUGCCAUGCUUGGCUCAGACCUGUCCGUGUAAUUCCAAAUCUACUUCCUGCAUCGACUUAUCCAUCUCGGAGCCUGGGUCGGGGUCCCAGGCGCCGUCUCGUCCUCGAAUCCUUCUCAAAGCCCCGACUUUGGCUGAGAUGGAGGAGAUGAACAUAUCUGAGGAGGAAGAGUCCCCCGACAACUCGGAGCUGAGGAGGGCAGAGAGCUCCCCGACGCCGCUCAAACGAGAACGCUCCUUUUCCGAACAUGACCUGGCGUUGCUUCGCGGCGAGAUUCCCCCCUCGCUCUCCGAAUCGGUCCAUUUCGGCGACAUGGUCAGGCCACGAUCAAGAACCCUGACAGGAAGUGGGCCGCCUCCUAAACACAGAGCGUUCUUCCCACUUGACGACUGGGCAUCGACCUCACCGGCACGCUUGUCUCUGAGCUCCGUCGACGAGGCCACGGAAGCACACGAGAAGAUGUUCAGCUCCAAAUUGGAUGAUGAGCAUCAGUGGAUGGAGGAGUUCAGCCACCCGGUGGAGAGCCUUGCCUUAACAGUGGAUGAGGUCAUCAACGUGCGCCGAGUGUUGGUCAAAGCCGAAAUGGAGAAGUUUCUCCAGAGCAAGGAGCUCUACAACAACCUGAAAAAAGGCAAGGUUUGCUGUUGCUGCAGAAUGAGGUUCCCACUUUUCUCCUGGCCGUCUUCCUGCUUGCUGUGCAAAAGGCCUGCGUGUGGUGCUUGCAGCGCAAAGAUGAAGAUUCCCUCCAAAAAGAUGGCGCAUAUUCCCGUGUACACAGUGGGUUUUCACAGCACUCCAAAGAACCAUGAACACAAAAGCAAAGUUUAUAAAUCCCUGUGCCAUCUGUCUCGCCGCUCCGUGGAGGAGGAGUUCCCCCACCUGUACGCAAACGGAUGCACGCUGCGUGACGUCUGUGCCGAAUGCACCAAAUUUGUGUCCGAUGUGGUUUCAUCCAGCCGUCGAAGCCUGGACAUUCUCAACAACACUCCUAAAAGGGAAGCCAAGAGUGCUGCUCUUCAGGGAACGCCGAUCCCACCAUGAGACCUUCCUUCACAGCCCCCCCGCCCCCUUCACCUUCGCUUUAGGCAAUCUGUCACCCACAGCUACGUCACCUACGUCAGCUACGUCACCUCCGCACCAGCAGCCAAAUGACUCCUUGCCGAGCACUGUGCUGUAUCGCUCUUCCGUAGACGCACUUCCUGGAGUUCACUCAUUCCAUACAAGAUCAGAUGAAUGCCUGGUUAUGACUGGUUAGGUGUAGUGGAGUGGCUGCAGUAAAGCCAAGUGUGAGAGCCAUGCAGCAUGGAUAACUUAGCUGGCUAACUAGCAUUGUAGCGCCCUGCAUUUGCCUUAUUAUACCGAGAAUGUCAGAUAUACUGGAAACUAAUUGUAGCAAUGUUUUUCACAAUGGAUGUGGGUUGUUGUGCUAGCGCUAACCUUUAACCGCUAACCAAUCUUAACCCCUAAUCCUCGAUUCUAGCCCCUAACUGUAACCCGUAACUCGCUUAACCUGACUAAGUCAUUACCUCAAACGUGACCCCAAUACCUAGAUCCUAGCCCCUAACCGUAACCCUAACUAACUAAACCUGACUAAGUCAUUACCUCAAACACUAACCCCCGAUCCUAGAUCCUAGCCCCUAACCGUAACCCUAACUAACUUAACCCGACUAAGCCAUUACCUCAAACCUGACCGCAAUACCCAGAUCCUAGCCCCUAACCGUAACCCUAACUUAACCCGACUAAGUCAUUACCUCAAACCUGACCGCAAUACCUAGAUCCUAGCCCCUAACUGUAACCCUAACUCACUAAACCCGACUAAGUCAUUACCUCAAACACUAACCCCCGAUCCUAGAUCGUAGCCCCUAACCGUAACCCCAACUCACUUAACCCGACUAAGUCAUUACCUCAAACCUGACCCCCAUACCUAGAUACUAGCCCCUAACUGUAACCCUAACUCACUUAACCCGACUAAGUCAUUACCUCAAACACUAACCCCCGAUCCUAGAUCCUAGCCCCUAACCGUAACCCGAACUAACUUAACCCAACUAAGUCAUUACCUCAAACACUAACCCCCGAUCCUAGAUCGUAGCCCCUAACCGUAACCCCAACUCACUUAACCCGACUAAGUCAUUACCUCAAACCUGACCCCCAUACCUAGAUACUAGCCCCUAACUGUAACCCUAACUCACCUAACCCGACUAAUUCAUUACUUCAAACACUAACCCCCGAUCCUAGAUCGUAGCCCCUAACCGUAACCCGAACUAACUUAACCCAACUAAGUCAUUACCUCAAACACUAACCCCCGAUCCUAGCCCCUUACCGUAACCCUAACCCACUUAACCCGACUAACCCCUAAGCCAUUAACUCAAACCUAACCUCCAUACCGAGAUCCUAGCCCCUAACCGUAACCCUAACUCACUUAACCCGACUAAGUCAUUACCUCAAACCUAACCCCCAUACGAAGAUCCUAGCCCCUAACCCAAACUCGCUUAACCUGACUUAACCCCAAGCCAUUGCUUCAAACCUAACCCCCAAUCUGAGAUCCUAGCCCUAACUCGCUUAACCUGAUUAACCCCUACGCCAUUACCAUAAACCUAACCCCCAACCCUAGAUCCUAGCCCCGAACCGUAACCCUAACCUCAAUGUCAAUGCUCCUACCCCAAACCUCGAACCUCUUAUCCUGAACCAUAACCACAACCCACUUAACCUUAACCCCUAACCAUAAUCCUACCAACCUUAACCUGACUAACCACUAAGACAUUACCCCCAACCUAACCCUGCUAACCCCCAGUCCUAGAUCCUAACCCCUAAACGUAACGCUACCUUAACUAAUCCCUACUGUUCCACUCCGGCUGGGGAUCCACCAGGUCUAACCAUAAGGUGGAAGAUGUCCCAAGACUCCACCAGAGCAACUCGUUAGGAAUUGAUUUUAGACAAAGAAGAAAAGGUCCAUCUUCUCAAAGUCCAAGGUGUGGCAGGUUGGGAGGACAGAGAGAGAUGGGAGGUGCUCUUCCUGUUCCCGGCGUCACCCUCUGCCUCUUAUGGAGAACUAGGACGACUAACAUUAACCUGACCUGACAACCCCCCAGAAGAUUCCCAGCCGGAAUGAAAGGGACAACUAAAGGAUGAAAGGGAUGGAUGGUCAUGAUGUGGAAACAAAAGCAGAGGAACCACAACUUUGUCACUUCCAUGCUAAUGAAACAUUAACUGCAAUAAAGUACCAAUACACGUAGCAUCUGUGCGUGCUCACGCCGGGUUUUGCACCAUCAUCACCGCACAAAUCCAUUCAUACGUCAUCAUAAACGUUCCGGGGGGUGUGACGACAAAA